GGUUUGAACUGGCCAAUGGGCGAGCUGCCGACCGGCUGUCGGAAAAGGAGGCGGAAGAGGGGAGGAGCCGCCGCGGGAGCCGGACUGCAUCCGCCGCGGCGUCUCCAUGGCACGACCCUGGCCUCCGACUUCAACGACUUCAUAAGGAGGCGUUUCUGGGCGCAGCCGUGUCGCUCCUGGUUUCCAUCGUGUGGGAAGAACGGAGUAACAAGUCUCACGCAGAAAAAGGUCUUGAGGACACCCUGUGGAGCACCCAGCGUGACUGUGACGAAGCGAACCAUGAAGGACCGCUCUUCAACUCCCCCCUUACAUGUUCACGUGGAUGAGAACACUCCUGUCCACGUCCACAUAAAAAAACUCCCGAAACCAUCAGCGACCAACAGCCAGAAAUCUCAUAAGCGCGGAAUGAAAGGGGACACCGUGAAUGUGCGGCGGAGUGUCCGGGUGAAAACCAAGAAUCCACCUCAUUGCCUGGAGAUCACACCACCCUCUUCAGAAAAGCUGGUCUCAGUGAUGCGGUUAAGUGACCUCUCUACAGAAGAUGACGACUCGGGUCACUGUAAAAUGAACCGUUAUGAUAAGAAGAUUGACAGUCUAAUGAAUGCGGUUGGUUGUCUCAAGUCUGAGGUCAAGAUGCAGAAGGGAGAGCGCCAGAUGGCCAAAAGGUUCCUGGAGGAGCGCAAGGAGGAGCUGGAGGAGGUGGCCCACGAGCUGGCCGAGACUGAGCAUGAGAACACGGUGCUGAGGCACAACAUCGAGCGCAUCAAGGAGGAGAAGGACUUGACCAUGCUUCAGAAGAAACACCUCCAGCAGGAGAAGGAGUGCCUCAUGUCCAAGCUGGUGGAGGCUGAAAUGGAUGGGGCUGCUGCUGCCAAGCAAGUCAUGGCCUUGAAGGACACCAUCGGGAAGCUGAAGACGGAGAAACAAAUGACCUGCACGGACAUCAACACUCUGACGAGGCAGAAGGAACUUCUCCUGCAGAAGCUGAGCACAUUCGAGGAGACCAACCGCACCCUCCGAGACCUGCUGAGGGAACAGCACUGCAAAGAGGAUUCUGAAAGGCUGAUGGAACAACAAGGAGCAUUACUGAAACGGCUGGCGGAGGCAGACUCAGAGAAAGCGCGCCUGCUGUUACUGCUGCAAGACAAGGACAAGGAGGUAGAAGAGCUCCUCCAGGAAAUACAAUGUGAGAAGGCUCAAGCAAAGACAGCAUCUGAGCUCUCUAAGUCCAUGGAGUCCAUGCGUGGGCAUUUGCAGGCACAGCUUCGGUGCAAAGAGGCAGAGAACAGUCGCCUGUGCAUGCAGAUCAAGAACCUGGAGCGCAGUGGGAACCAGCACAAGGCGGAAGUGGAGGCCAUCAUGGAGCAGCUGAAGGAAAUGAAGCAAAAGGGAGACCGAGACAAAGAGGCCUUAAAGAAGGCCAUCCGAGCCCAGAAGGAACGAGCUGAGAAGAGCGAGGAGUAUGCUGAGCAGCUGCACGUGCAACUUGCUGACAAGGAUCUUUAUGUCGCUGAAGCUUUAUCCACUCUGGAGUCAUGGAGGAGCCGCUACAACCAAGUUGUGAAAGACAAGGGAGACCUCGAGCUGGAAAUUAUUGUCCUGAACGACCGGGUGACAGACCUCGUAAACCAACAACAAACCUUGGAGGAGAAGAUGCGGGAAGACCGGGACAGCCUGGUGGAGAGACUACACCGGCAGACUGCCGAGUACUCUGCAUUCAAGCUAGAGAACGAGAGGCUGAAGGCUAGCUUCGCCCCGAUGGAGGACAAACUCAAUCAGGCCCACAUCGAGGUCCAGCAGCUGAAGGCGUCGGUGAAGAACUACGAGGGGAUGAUUGACAACUAUAAGAGUCAGGUGAUGAAGACCAGAUUGGAGGCUGAUGAAGUGGCUGCCCAGCUGGAACGCUGUGACAAAGAGAAUAAGAUCCUUAAAGAUGAGAUGAACAAAGAGAUUGAAGCGGCACGUAGGCAGUUCCAAUCCCAGCUGGCUGACCUGCAGCAGCUGCCUGACAUCCUCAAGAUCACGGAGGCUAAGCUAGCAGAGUGCCAAGACCAGUUGCAGGGCUAUGAGAGGAAGAACAUCGACCUCACGGCUAUCAUAUCAGACCUGCGCAGCCGGAUCGAACAUCAGGGGGACAAGCUGGAGAUGGCGAGAGAGAAACAUCAGGCUUCCCAGAAGGAAAAUAAACAGCUGAGUCUGAAGGUGGAUGAACUGGAGAGGUUAGAGGCACUUGGUCCCAUCUCUGUCCUCUUCCUAGGACCUGAGACUUUCAGCCACUUAGCUGCUUUGGGCUUGGUGUGCAGAAGUGUUGAGGGACUCAAGGCCUUGGAAGGUACUAGGCAGACCUCAGACGAGAAGCUGCUUCCAUUGCAGUGGAAACUGGAGGCGACCAGUGCCCAGAAUAUCGAGUUCCUACAGGUGAUUGCCAAGAGGGAGGAGGCAAUCCACCAGUCCCAGCUGCGGCUGGAGGAGAAGACACGGGAAUGUGGGAGCCUGGCGAGACAGUUGGAGAGUGCCAUUGAAGAUGCUCGGCGGCAGGUAGAACAGACCAAGGAACAUGCAGUCUCCAAGGAGCGUGCAGCCCAGAACAAAAUCCUGGACCUCGAGACCCAGCUGAGCAGGACCAAAACUGAACUCAACCAGCUGCGGCGGAGCCGGGACGAUGCUGACCGGCGCUACCAGAGCCGGCUACAGGACCUGAAGGACCGCCUGGAGCAGUCGGAGAGCACCAACCGCAGCAUGCAGAACUAUGUCCAGUUCCUCAAGUCGUCGUAUGCCAACGUGUUUGGGGAUGGUCCCUACACUACCUACCUGACCAGCUCUCCCAUCCGCUCCCGAUCUCCUCCUACCUAAGGCUGCCGGUCUUGGGUCAGGAGCCCGGACUGAUGCCGUGGGAACGGAGGAGUUGCAAAGCCAUGCCUGCAAAGCCUGUUGGUUGUCCUCUCUCUUCCAGUGAUGAAGUGUGUUGAGGCUCUUGUCUUAGCUCCUGGCUCCAGAAAAGUCCCUAAAGCAGCAGGGGCUGAAUCAGGAUCUACUUAGUUCUCUCCUCUCUGACAGAGUCGCCUAGUGGAAGUUUUAAUUACCCUGACAGGCCUUAAAUCUACUUCUGUUAGGGUACCAGAUUUUAACUCACCGUGACUUUGCUCAUUCCUUUCUCGAGAGAAUGUUUGGACUGGACUUUUUCCUCCAGUCUCCUUACAGCCCUUCUCUUUUUAGGACUCUCUCUCUCAGUUUUUCUCUGACCUGAACCAGCAGGAGCUGUUAGCAUAGGUCCGCACCACCCCUCCUGGGCUGGGAGCAUGUUUACUUGCUGUUUUCCUUAGUUCAUGGGAACGGUGUUUUCCCCAAGGCUCCCUUCUGGAGCCCGGUGGAAACCUCUCAUGCCCAAGUGUCCUUGAGGCCACUUGUCCCCAUGCACUUCACAGUAGACACUCAAGGGCUCCUGUCCCGUUGGCCUUGUACAAGUGUAAUCCCAAUCUCGUUGAUUUUUGUUUCCCUUUGCCACGUUUGUAACUAUAGAAUGCAUUUAUUCUUGAAAUAUG